AAGGGCCCCACUAAAAGAACAAAAGUCAGUGCAGUAGUACCAUUUUCUAAUCUUUCCUACUUUCCGAGGGAAGCAGCAAGGGGGGAAAAAUGGGAAUCUGGGACUUCAUUAAUUCCGGCAAAGAAACGGUGAAAGGAUACGCACCGGAUCCGGUAAAGAAGGUCUAUAAUACUACCUAUUAUUACAGUGCAGCUGCCGUUAGAAAGAUUGACGACGUCGUUAGAGUUAACGGUAUACAGAAGCUGGGUCAGUACAUACCCGAUGAUGAUGAAGGUCGGGCUAAGAUCGUCAGUUUCAGCACAAAAUUCGUCAAAAAUGCUUCCGUUUAUGCCGUCAAAGAAGCACCCAACUUCAUUCCUGGUGGGAAGGCAGUUACCAAAAUUUACUUUGACACAGUUCGUGAAAUGGAAACUGAGUGUCAAAAGAAACAAGACGAAUCAUGUAUCAAGGAAAUCACUGGUACUAAUUCAAGUACGAAUACCACUGUUCGUUAAGCUCUGAGAUUGCUAGAUGGGGAAGAGAUGCUGGAAAGCAGGGAGCUGAAGUUAGGUUCUGAAAAUAGAGUUGAGGCUGAUUCAUUUACACAUCAAACACCUGUAGAUGUCAUAAGAGUUUUCCUGAUGAAGGAGUUUAUGGGCACUCGUUAUCUCGGCAAUUUGUUGGUACCGGCCUGAUCAUCGACAACAGAAGAGGAAGGCCUAGUUUGAAGCAAACCUACGUGGAAUCAGAGAUUAAUUCUAAGUAUGUAUCUGGCAUCUCAUAUAUGUUUGUAUUACUGGACUGCUGGUACUUUAUGCUUGUAAAUAGAUCUAAGUUACCUGAACUGUAGUAUCAUGAUUCUAAAUAUGCUUGCAAUUAUAUGAGGCAUCACUUUGUUGUGUUUCAUUCAAGUUUAACUGAUGGAAAGUGAGCUAUAUAUAUGCCUCUACGAGGGUAAUUUUGAACUAUA